AUGGCAGGUGAAGAAGCUGUGGAAAAACUCCUGACAGAAAUCAACUGUCCCAUCUGCCUGGAUGGCCUGAGAGACCCUGUCACCAUCGAAUGCAGGCACAACUUCUGUCGCUCCUGCAUCCAGCAGUCCUGGGCUGAUCUGCAGGCCAUUUUCCCAUGUCCUGUGUGCCGUCACCCAUGCCAGGAUUCUCGCACGUGGAGUAACACCCAGCUGGGAAUGAUGGUAGACACGGUCAAGCUCCUCCAGAUCACCAAGGAUAAGAGGAAGCGGCAAGAAGGGAGGCAAGAAGGGAGACGCUUGUGUGAGAAGCACAACCAGCCCCUGACCCUCUUCUGUGAGGAGGACCUACAGCUGCUGUGUGCCCUGUGCACUCAGCCCCCUGACCACCAGGGCCACCAGGUGAGGCCCAUUGAGGAGGCUGCCUCUCAUCACAGGCAAAGGCUCAGCAGUUACAUUGGGCCCCUGAAGAAGCAGAUGGCAGACACUCAGAAACUACUAGAUACCCAAGGCAGGAGACUAUCAGAACUGAGACAAAAGGCGGAAAACAGGAGAGAAAAGUUAGCCUCUGAAUUUGCGCAGCUGAUGGAGUCUGUUGAGUGUGAGGAACAGGCAGUUAUCUCAAGGAUAACUGCAGAAGAGAAGCACAUUCUACGGAAUCUCAGUGCCAACAAAGCUGCAUUUUCAGACUACAUUUCCAAACUUAAAGUUCUACUAAAGGAGUUGGCAGAGAAGAGUGUGAUGUCAGAUGUAAAAAUGAUGAUGAAUAUCAAAGAUGUCUUCGACCGUUGUGAAAAACUACAACCCCCAACUGUCUAUUCUUUUCAGUUUAAGAGAGAAGAAUUCAGUCUUCCUCCACAAUGUUCAGCCCUGCAGAAAAUUAUACAGAGAUUUAGAGAAGAAAUUACCCUAGAUCCUGAAACUGCACAUCCUUAUCUGCUGGUGUCUGAGGAUAGAAAGUCUGUGACAUUUGUGAAGAAAAAGAAAAGAGUUCAGUGGAAUCCAAAGCGAUUUAUGGUUGACCCAGUUGUCCUGGGCACUAAAGGGUUUGACUGUGGCCGACAUUACUGGGAGGUGCAGGUGGAUGACAAGCCUGAGUGGGCCAUGGGGGUCUGUAAAGACUCCCUCUCUGAGGAGAGAGAGCAGCCCCUGCUAAGACAGAAGAACAGAUGUUGGAUGAUUCAGCUGCUGGAUGGUGACUAUGUGGCAGGAGGGUCUGCUCCUGUCACCCUUGUGCUGAAGGAAAUGCCCAGAAGGAUUGGCAUCUAUCUGGACUAUGAGUUGGGUCAGAUUUCCUUUUACAGUUUGAAUGACAGGUCUCAUAUCCAUUCCUUCAAGGACACAUUUUCUGAAGUGCUAAAGCCUUACUUCUAUAUCGGAUGUGACCCCAAACCUCUUACUGUCUGUGCUUUAAGAGAUUAG